GAAGAAGACGCGCCAGCUUUGACCCCACACUGAAUUUUAAGCCCGACACCUGAGAUAAGAUCUAUCGCCGCCAAUGAACGAUAAGCGACCAGCUCCAUUCACCAAAAUCAUCAUCCCCCUCAGCCCUUCCUCUUCACCAUGCAUCACGACCAUGUCACUCGAUUCUCCAUUGGGCAGAAUGAGACAAUACUAAAGACCCCCAGUAUGCAUGUCCGCAUGAAAUGUAGGCUCAAUGUGGUAUCAACACAAAUCUAGAGCAAUUCUCGUCCAUCAUUCCAUCACCAAAUGCUCUUUGUGAUUCUUGAUUCCCCUCUUCUGUUAUUCUUACAUUUCAGAGCGAGCUUUGCUUUACGAUAGACUCGCCCAUAUAGACAGACUUACACGGGUUAACUAUGGCGUCUUCUAGCAAUUCAGCGCCAGCGGACCAAACUGGGCCUCCUUCAAUCGGAAUCAAAAGGGUAGAAACAGCUCAGGAUAGCAAAGCGCAGAGGCUCUUGCGUGUAGAUCAAAUUUAUAGCAGAAAGGACCGCCAGACGCACUUCGUUAGAACUGCGAAGGCUACAGUAAAACCAGAUCGAUUCGGAAAGACAGCAUUGGUAGUACGCCGCAUCAUAUCAAGACAAGGUAUGCUCGCGGCAACGGAGGUUGAUAUCAAGUCAGUUCCACUGAAAGAAGUACUUUUGGAAAUAUUUAAUGGUGUCGAGGGACUCAGUCUAAAUAAGACCCCUCCUAUGUGCUCUCCCGACAUACUUUUCCAUGCUAAAGAUGCCCUGAUAUUGAGAAAGGUGGAAGAGAAAAAAAAAGACAAUCCAAACCAAAUUUUGAUCGAUGAUAUUGGUACAGCACUGCGGUUUAUAAAUGAAGAUUUUGGUCACCAAAUAGGAAGUUUAGAGUCGUUGCUUAAUAAUGGCGAAAUCACAUUCGACCUGCUGUGGGCUUUGAUGAAGCCAAAAGAUCAUGUGGUUUCUAUGCAGUUUAGGCUUACAGGACAAAGUCAAGCUUUGAGUGUUGUCAGUGGGACCUAUCUUAGGAGACAGAAUUCUACGAACUAUUUCAAGCUUAACGGCCGCAUGAUCUCUCACGAUGGAGAAGAUUUUGGCUAUGGCUUCGUAGACAUCGAGAUAGAUGAGUUCGAUGGUGCAAGGAAGAUAACUUCGUUAAAGGCGUAUCCCAUUCAAUAUGAUCCAAACCCAGAUAUCCUUCGCAAGAAUUUGAUCCAACGAGGGCGCAAGUAUUUGUCCUUGAUUCGAGCUCUUCCUCGGGCUUUUUGUCAAGAAUAUACUAUGGAUUUUGGUUUGGAAGACCAUGAAACUUCAAAUGGAAAAAUUCAGGCUCAGAAGGCUAACUUACGGGGUCGUGUCAUGGCGGAUCCAGAGGCAUGGAAGUUCAAUAAUGGUUGGACGGAUCUUGCUACACCAAUAAUUGAGAGAGAAUACUCUAUUACGGGUAAAGAUUUGAAUUUGCUUGAUGAUCAAUUGUUGGUUUGCGCAAACUGGAUCAACGGUUUUAGUUUAACCCACAAGUCUUGGGGUCAGUUCUCUGUCGAUGGCUUGGAAGACAUCGUUUGGAAUGAAGACGCUUUCAAGAAGCUAGUCGUUGAUGAGACUAGACGGAAGUUGAUUCACGCAUUAGUGAGAGCUCACCGACAAGACGAUGCUUCUUUUGAUGACAUCAUUGAAAAUAAAGGGAAAGGUCUUGUUGGAUUGCUCAGCGGUAGUCCUGGUGUUGGAAAAACAUUGACUGCUGAGGCUGUUGCUGAGGUUACCUCUCGUCCCUUGUAUCAAGUCAGCACCGGGGAGCUCGGAAUAGACGCCGAUAAGGUCGAUAAACGUCUAGGUAUGAUACUAGAGAUUACUAGACGAUGGGGUUGUGUUUUACUCAUCGACGAAGCGGAUGUAUUCCUCGCAACACGCGGAAUCGAUCUUGCUCGUGACACUCUUGUGAGUAUCUUUUUGCGAAGACUUGAGUACUUCAGGGGUGUUUUGAUUUUGACGACAAAUCGGAAGUCAGAAAUUGAUCCAGCUUUCCAGAGCCGUAUACACUUCUCUAUCCAUUAUCCUGAUCUAACUGAAAAUGGCCGUGUGAUUGUUUGGACUAACUUUAUCGACACUAUCUCGAAGCAAACGGGAAAUCCUAGCCUCAGUUCAGCUGAUAUCCAGAAACUCGCAAGACUUGAGUUAAAUGGACGACAAAUCAAGAAUGCGGUCUCAUGUGCAGUAUCACUCGCGAGAGAGGAAAAAGAGCCACUCUCCGUGAAUCAUAUUGAGAUGAUCUUGAGCAUCACAACUUUGUAAAGAGUUAAAUUACUUGCGACGAUUAUGGCCUCAUAUUGCAAAAUUACAGUUCACAAUAUUUGUGGGUAUUAAAUAAAACAACACAUGUAUUUGCAUAAUUCCAAAUCUGCUUGAGUGACACCUCACAAAUUUGGCCCA